UCGGACUCUAUUUGGGACGGGGGAGGUGGGGUGGUCUUUGCGUGAAAAAAAGCCAGGGAUUCGGGAGAGUCAGGUCCGCUCCGCUGCUGCUUACUUCUGAAGGAGUCAGCCCUCAGUUUUUUGCGUCCCUCGCCCGGCCCUGCUCCGGUCGACGUAUUUUGCCCUGAACCAGCUCCCAGCUCUUACUACAGGAGCGUCAGGGGAGCCAUGGCCGAAUACUCCUACGUGAAGUCCACCAAACUCGUGCUCAAGGGAACCAAGGCCAAGAGUAAGAAGAAAAAGAGCAAAGAGAAGAAGAGAAAAAGAGACGAAGAUGAAGAAACUCAACUUGAUAUUGUUGGAAUCUGGUGGACAGUAACAAACUUUGGUGAAAUUUCAGGAACCAUAGCUAUUGAAAUGGAUAAAGGAACCUACAUACAUGCACUUGACAAUGGACUUUUUACACUGGGAGCGCCACAUAAAGAAGUUGAUGAGGGUCCUAGUCCUCCAGAGCAGUUUACAGCUGUCAAAUUGUCUGAUUCCAGAAUUGCUCUGAAAUCUGGCUAUGGAAAAUAUCUUGGUAUAAAUUCAGAUGGACUUGUUGUUGGGCGUUCAGAUGCAAUUGGACCAAGAGAACAAUGGGAACCAGUCUUUCAAGAUGGGAAAAUGGCUUUACUGGCCUCAAAUAGCUGCUUUAUUAGAUGCAAUGAAGCAGGUGAUAUAGAAGCAAAAAGUAAAACAGCAGGAGAAGAAGAAAUGAUAAAGAUUAGAUCCUGUGCUGAAAGAGAGACUAAGAAAAAAGAUGAUAUUCCAGAAGAAGACAAAGGAAAUGUUAAGCAGUGUGAAAUCAAUUAUGUAAAGAAAUUCCAGAGCUUCCAAGACCACAAACUUAAAAUAAGUAAAGAAGACAGUAAAAUUCUUAAAAAGGCCCGGAAAGAUGGAUUUUUGCAUGAAACACUUCUGGACAGGAGAGCCAAAUUGAAAGCUGAUAGAUACUGCAAAUGACCACAACUUUUGUUUCUGUCUUCUUUUUUUCUGAAUAAAAAAAAAAUCAGUGGAAA